AUGGCGCAGCAACAGAUUUGCACACAAAGACCAGGAGAGCAAGGCAUGAUGACGAUGGGAUCCGUAGAUAUGGUUACGAUUGGGGAGGCUUUGGAGGCUACGGCAUUGUCGCUUGGAGAUAAGCCUGUGGACCGUAAAGACGCAGCCGCGAUUCAAGCGGCUGAAACGAGAGCCACCGGUGAGUUUACCACUCUACCAGGUGGUCUUGCGGCAGCGGCUCAGGAGGCUGCUGCGACUAACGAACGGACGGUGUUGGAGGCAGGCAAAGUCACUAUUGCAGACAUUCUCACUGAUGCGGCAGAGAAGCUUGGAGGAGACAGGACGGUGACAAGUGAAGAUGCGGAGGCGGUGGUUGGAGCAGAACUGAAAAACUGUCCGGAGAUGAAGACAACUCCUGGUGGUGUCGCAGAUUCCAUUUGUGCAGGGGCAAGGCUCAACCAUCAACUCUAG